UUCUACAGAACACGUAAUCAACCUCUUACAACUGGCUUGAAAGAUAAUAUACAGUGAGAAAAUUAUCAGAAGACUUUGGUAAUAAUACAAACACAAAACGACGCAGAUAAUAGACUUGGUCUUACCAUUUUCUUCUUCUGCUUCUUUCUUUUCUCAACUCUUUUGCCAUUUUCUUGUCCAAUUCAAACCUCACUUACCCAUCAAAAACAUAUAAUUAAAUCUUGUCGAAGAAGUAAAACAAAAGACCGGUUCUUCAAUUUUUGUUUUGAGGUUAAGUAGAAACAUCUGCCGGCACGCUAUUAGUUCAUUUCCCUCCAUUUGUUCCAUCCAUGUUCAUCUCUCUGCUUAUUAUGUUCCUUCUCUUUGGUUAAUCAGCUCAUAAUAUCUGCUUAGUUAAUCAAUCCAUGGCUAAUAAUAUUAAUAAUCUCUUAAUCAUCAUUUCCAUUACACUGUCGUUCUUUUUUUACACUUGUUUCUCUCAACCAUCACCGUCACCGCCACCAAACGCCACCUGCAAUGGUGUUUACUUGUCAUACAGCUACACCAGAGGCUACCUUAUCCCUCCAACUGAUGACUCCACAAACCAACCGUACAGGUUCGAAUCCACUGUGAAGGUGCUCAACAACGGACGCGAUGAGCUCAAGUCAUGGAGGGUUUUUGUUGGGUUUAAUGAUAAUGAGCUGUUAGUUUCUGCAACUAAUGCUGUGUUGGCUGAUGGCACUUCUUUUCCUGCUUCUGUUGGCAACGGUACCGUUUUGGUUGGGUUUCCCAGAACUGACCUCAAGACGGCUAUUGAGACUGCUGGAGAUACGACCCAGACAGAGGUUACAGUCUUACUAGUCGGGACCCGUUUUGUAAACGGAAACCCGGACGAUGAUCCUUUGCCUGCUAAUUUGACUCUGGCUAAUCAUGGGUAUUCUUGUCCUGUUCCAACAAGACAAGGCAAUGAGUUGCAACUUUGUUGCACUAAAGAUUUGAAUGCUACACCAAACACCACUCCUGAAGAUAAUUUCCAGCCUCGGGAAGAUGGUGAUCUUGUAAUCAUGUAUGACGUAAUCAACACAUACGACACCAAUUAUUGGGCUCAGGUUUCCAUCUCAAACCAUAAGCCUUUCGGCCGCCUUGAUAAUUGGAAAUUAAGCUGGGAUUGGAUGAGAGGUGAAUUUAUCUUUGCAAUGAAAGGAGCUUACCCCUAUGUUGUCGAUACAUCAGAUUGCAUUUUUGGCGAGCAAGGUCAGCACUACAAGGAUAUGGAUUUCUCUAAUGCUUUGAAUUGUGAGAAAAGGCCUACAAUUGUUGACUUGCCUCCAACUAGAGCUAAUGAUUCUACCAUUGGCAUGAUUCCUUUCUGUUGUCGAAAUGGGACUAUUUUACCGCCGAAUAUGGAUCUCAGCAAGUCUGUUUCAGUUUUUUUAAUGCAAGUGUUCAAGAUGCCUCCUUAUUUGAAUAGGACAGAACUUGUUCCACCCCAGAAUUGGAAGAUCAAUGGCACAAUGAAUUCAGAUUUUACAUGUGGAUCUCCGGUGAGGGUAAGUCCAAGCCAGUUCCCUGAUCCAAGUGGUUUGCCUUCAAGAACAGCAGCAGUGGCAAGUUGGCAAGUGGUUUGCAACAUAACACAUUUCAAAGAGGAGAAACCGAAAUGUUGUGUAUCAUUUUCUGCGUUUUUUAAUGAUUCUGUUGUCCCCUGUAACACCUGCGCUUGCGGCUGCAACAACAAUCCAAGUCAAACCUGCAAUGCAAAUGAACCAGCUCUUCUUAUGCGUCCAGAUGCUCUUCUAGUUCCAUUUGAGAACCGGACUCUUGAAGCCUUGGAAUGGGCUAGUAUCAAAAAGAGGGCUGUGCCUAAUCCACUUCCAUGUGGGGAUAACUGUGGGGUUAGCAUAAAUUGGCAUUUGCUCUCAGAUUACAGAAAUGGCUGGACUGCAAGAAUCACCCUAUUCAACUGGGGAGAAACUGAUUAUGCAGAUUGGUUUGCUGCAGUGCAACUGGACAAAGCAAUGCCAGGCUUCGAAAAGGUAUACUCCUUUAAUGGAAGCGUCCUCCCUAAUUACACCAAUACAAUCUUUAUGCAAGGGCUUGCGGACUUCAAUUAUCUUCUGGCAGAAAGGGAUGGCGACAAUCCAAGGAAAGAUCCUCGGGUUCCUGGUACGCUACAAUCAGUAAUCUCAUUUACUAAGAAAAAAACACCUGGAAUUGAUGUGCCUGGUGAGGAUGGAUUCCCAACUAAAGUCUUAUUUAAUGGUGAGGACUGUGCGAUCCCUACAGUACGUCCAAUCAACAGUGGUCACAAGAGUAGCACAGCCGCUAGUGUUUUCAGCUCUAUAUUAAUUCUAGCGCUCUUUUUGAUGCAAUCGUAGAGGCAUUAUUAAUCUUUCCCGAUUCAUGAAAUUUUUCCUCUUGUAGUUAGUCAAGUUCUGAAUCAUCAAUCUUUAUUUGUUCUGUUAGUCUGUACGGUUUCUUUUGUCUGUGCCAAAUUAUGUGUUGGGCGAUUUUGACAGGAAUGGAUGUACAUUGUAAAUCAAGUUCAGUAUCUUAAUACUGUAGGUCAUAUUUCUACACGGACUGAUCACGACGGUGGUAUGGUAGUGAUGUUCCUAAUAGAAAUAGAGAAGGCAUUAAUAUUUUAAGGAUGUAACUUUCUUUGAUAUAGUUCCUUUCUUUAUAUGCGACCUCCUUCGGUUUUCAGCA